CGCCGGCUAUUCUGUGAGCUCGGCGUCGGCCGCGAAGAGAACUGCAUCGUGGAUGGAGAUGAAGCGCAAGCACACGCCGGCCGACGAGGGCCCGCUGCCCAUCGAGACCAACGCUUGCGGUGCCAAGGGCAAGACACGCAAGCGCGACGCGGAGAACGCGCAUGCCAACGCCGGCGACGGCAACGAUGAGAACGGCGAGAACGACGACGAGGACCACGAAGCGGCGUGUGGCGACGAUGCGCCGCUGGCCGUCGCCAAGCAGCCGCUCGCUAAGCCGCGGCCACGGAUGCGGAAUCCCGGCAAUCUGCUCUUGGACCUCUCGACCAUGGAGCCGCAUCCGCCACCGACGCAUGGCGGCAAGAAGGUCGACUACGCCAACGUGUGCUCGCGCGUCACGGACUUUCUCUACGUGGGCGGCGCGGUCGUGGCCGCCAAGCACGAGACGCUCCUCGGGCAUGGCAUCACCCACAUCAUCAACUGCGCCGGCACGGUCACGCCCGACUUUUUCCCGCACCUCUUCUCGUACUACCAUUUGCGGCUGCGCGACCACGCGACCCAGGACAUCCACCGGCAUUUCUACAACAUUUUCCACUUUAUCGACGCGGCGCGCGAGGCCAACGGCAAGGUGUUUGUGCAUUGCGUGAAAGGCAUUUCGCGGUCACCGACGAUGGCGAUCGCAUACCUCAUGGCGCGCGAACAGCUCGGCUUGUACCCGGCGCUCGAGCGCGUCCGUGCGUCGCGUCCCGUCAUUGAUCCGAACGCAGGCUUUAUCUUCCAGCUCAACGAAUGGGACUCGUUGCGGCAGCAGGCGCGCAAGCAGGUCACGAUCUUCCGCAUCGAAUCGUCGUUCUCGGACGACGACGACGUGGACGACGAGUCGCACCCGCUCAUCGUCGGCCCCAUGACGCCGCAGCAACUCGUGUCCAUCUCGCCCGAAGUCGCCACCGUACUUGACGAGCACCACGAGUCGUGCUUUGUCGUGCUCUCGAUGGACACCAACUACUGCUCGCUCUGGUGCGGCCGCGACGUCUCCGACUCGCUUGUCGCCUCGGGCCGCGCCGCCAUGCGCCUCUUGCAGACGUACGAAGCAUUCCCGCCGACGUUCGAGGUUGUUCUAAGCGGCCACGAACCCGCUACAUUUUGGAGCGUCGUCGCGCCCGAGGCCGAGGUCCGUGUGCGCGACCAUAACGACGACGACGACGGAGCUGCCACGCGCGACGAUCGACCGUCGUCGUCGUCAUCCUGUUUGACCCAUGCCUAG